AAACCUUGUACAAAUGUUAUUUUCUAUUUUAUGGUACUAUGUGGUCUGUUUGAUUAGUUUAUAAACCCAGUAUGUUUGUGAAUAAUGAUUCAGAUUGCAGAGGCUGUUAUUGGUGUUCUGGACUUAACUGGCUGGGCUAGGCAGAAGCAGGACCGAUAAGCACUCUAGACUGCUCGUACGGUUUUCGUGUGUCACUGUUCCAAUCGAUAAUUCGCAGCUCUCUGAUUGGUGGUCUUAUCACGUCAUACAUUAGCAAGGCAUUCACUCGACCACAAGAUAUAACAGGCUGGAGUAAAAGAAUGGACAGGUGAUGAAAUCUAAAAUAAGAACGAGUAUUAACGAGAAGUUUUGUGUAUGAUUUGCGGAAAUUGAAAUUAAAUCGUGAAUAGUUUUUCUAUUCAUCAUCUAGUUUGUGUGUUGGCUGGGAUACUGCACGGGUGUCCAAACCGAAGCAGGUGGUUUUCUUAUAGGGCCACUCUCCGAGCCUUUGGCUUAAAGGUAUGGUCCACAAGACCAGUGACAAACGUUCGAUGCAGUUCUAUGAUAGCCGGUGACCAACAAUAGGUUCAUACGCCAUUUGUUCCCUCAGGAUCCUGGAGCCCAUGUACACAAUUGGAUUAGAAUCAGGGUUUCCCAACUCUCCUAGGUGAAUCUUCCAUACUCACCAACCUGGUUAAUGCGCCGGACAUUCGCUUUACAUUACGAAGCUUAUAAACUUGAAGGUUUAUCGAACAUAAUUCAUUAUAUAAUCUAGUAGGGGUUUGAUUCUAUUCUUUUUUUAUAAACAAUCUGAUGUAACAUUUACGUUGAUAAAAUCUAGCUUGUUUUUGUGCUAAUAUGAAUGACAUCCUCCAAUACUUAUUAUUUGUGCUUUCAUCAUAUAUAUUUUGCCACAAUAUUACAAUUUGGUUUUAUGCACCAUAUAUCUUGGCAUCCCAUUGUACUAAACAUUUUUUUAAGCAUUAUUAAGAGUUUUGUUUCUUUGUGAUGGCCCAUGAUGGACGAGAUUUCCCACACAGCUUUGAUUUAGUUUGUAAUGUUCAUAAAUUUUGAGUUCUGCAGAAAAAUUGAUUUUAAUUCAUGUGUAUUACAAUUUAAAAACAUAUCACAUCUGCGUGUUUGUCGUCUAAUACAAAGAUUCUCUCCAGUAUUUUCCCCUAUUUCUCAUGUAUCCUUUUUUAUUCAGGCAUUUUACCCGAAAGUGAAUUAGAAAAUUCAGGUAAGGUUAUAUUAUCCGUUAUGUCAUUCACAUGUUUUCUGUUACUGUUCUGAUAAUUUGCUACUUUUUGGCGUGAAAUCUUCCCUUUACUCCUUAUUCUCUCUUUUAUACAGUACGUAAAAAGACUUCUUCUUUUUAAAAACAAGUGGUGGUUUCUGUGUGUGUAUGUGUGCAAUUAGAGUUUCAGCACUGUCUAAUUGAUAACAGCGCCAGUAAUUUUGUAUGACUCUACUAUGUUACACAUUAAUUAUUUUCUGACACAUAAAUGUAAAACUAGAAGAAAUAUCAUCGGUGCAAAUUUUAAUUAUACUUGUAGGUAGGUUUAUUGAAACAACUCAAAGUGUAUAUAUGUGAGAACAGUUAAUCUCGGGGGGAUAUAGAACUGUCUGCAAGAAAGUACAUAGUAAUUUAGAUAAUGAACCAAUAUAUUUAGGAAAAAAACAUCAAUUUGUCAUAUAUAUUUUCGGCUUUUCACAUUUAAGGAAGUUACCUGCUCGUAAUUAUUUCAAGUGUUUAUGGCUUCUGUUAAAGUAUUUUAAAGAAAUGUCUGCGAAGUUCGACAACUCUCCGAAACAAAUUCAUAAAUACAACAAUUUUGAAGGAUUCGUCUACAUCUUAAUCUUAUGCUUGAAACAAUUUAUUCAGGGAUGUGUUAGCAUUUAGCACAAUUCGUUUCAUUUUUCACAUCUUAAUGUGGUAGUUAAUCCAUUUGAAACAUACUCAGUGAGAGAUAAAAAUAGAAUGGAAAUAAGUUGAUUUUAUCUCAUUGCACAGUAUAUCUGUCUGUCCAUCAUCUACAUAAAUGAUAAACCUGUCCCAUCCAUAAGUCACAUUUCUUCACAUGGAGAUGUAAACUACCGAUAACUACCUAUUUCUGCAAACAAAUAUUCGUUAACAUCGUUUUAAUGUAACACUCUACUUGAAUGAUUUUGAUAUGUGACUGUCGCCCUAAAUAGAAACUAACUGCUUCAAACCAAGUUCACAUAUGUAAUAAUAAUCUUCAAAAACUGGGACCUACAAUUCAAAGGAAAAUACUAAUUAUUUUAAAAGUUUUUAAUGAAGUCUUUCUUCAGUCGACAUAAUCAAUUAUCACCACUUAAAUACUUUAUAAUUGAUACAAGUUGAAAAAAUUCACUACCUAAGUAAUACCAGAAUAUAUUUGAAAAUUUUUUUUAGUUCCGCUAUCGAUUCUUUGCGAAACUUCUAAUAUAGAUUUCCGACCGUUUGACAGUAAAAUUUCAAUAAUUUUAUAUGUUGGAGAAAAAUACAAUCUUCGGUGAAUACUGUCGUGUAUAUCAUCUGUCAGAUCCAAAUUAAAAUGUAACAUAUAUAUAACUAAGAGGAACCAUCUAAUCUGCUUCAUGAGAAAUAUGUGAUUAGACGUUAGAGGCCUUACUAGAUUUUUGUGAAGUUGAAUAAACUAGAUCUAUGUUAAUAUGUUGUUAAGCUCAUUUUGAAUCAUUGUUCAAGCGUUUAAUCGUUAGAUGUCUAAUCUGUUAAGUGUUUUAUUCAAUUUGGAUACUCAUUAGUGUCUCUAGUCCUCAUAAUUGUAAUUUAUCUGAAAAACAAAUAAUCUCAAUCUUACUAUUGAGUCUUAUUAAAUUGGAAAUUUCAUUGAAGCAUAGACAGUAUAGUGUUCCUUGGAACAUCAAGUUUUAAGGAGGCGUUUAAUACAAUGGCAUUAGUAAAUUUCAUUUGUUAGUCACCAAACAACUUGAGCUAAUAGUUUUUAAAUGUCAAGGAAUCCCAACUGUUCAUCAAAUGCCAAAUUUCAAAAAUUCGGAUGUUGGAUAAUACUUGUAACUUCUGAGAUAAACUAGAUGUGUUAACAAAUCUUGAAGUGUCAUUGAAUGUUGUAAACUCUUUUCUUCUCAGUAGAUUAGUUCUCGUAGUUGAACUUUUGUGUGCUAUAUUGCUAAUUGAUUUUGAUAUUAAAAAAGACUUUCUUCUGUUUUUUUUUACUUCAUAAUAAUAUCCAUUUGUUGCAUUUGGUGCACUUCCUUGAUGCCCCCCAAUCGUGUACGAAACAGUUAAUAAUAACUAAAUAAAUAGAUGGUUACACUAUGAUGAUCUUAAGUAUUUUAAGAUGUUUAUUCAACAAUUUUGUGCAUAUGUUUUUACACCUAAUCUAAUAACACCUAAAAAGAAUAAAUCUACAAAUGAUCAGGAAGACAUUCACAUACACUGGGAUUAAUCUGUCUAUAUGUAUUCAACAUAACAAAAUAAUAAUUCAAUAACCAAUUUUUUUCUCUUUCUCCACUUAUUACAUUAUAUAUAUGUGUUCAACCGUAGGUGAGACUAGAGAGAGCACAGAUAUAGUGUUGAAAGCACAAGUGUUAGCUGGUGGCCGUGGUAAAGGUACUUGGGAUAGUGGAUUAAAAGGUGGAGUGAAAAUUGUAUACAGUAUAGAAGAAGCCGUAAAUGUAGCUAGUCAAAUGCUUGGUCAUCGAAUCUACACUGCACAAACUGGUGACACUGGCCAAUUAUGCAACAAAUUAUUAGCAUGUGAACGUAAAUAUUCUCGACGUGAACAUUAUCUAGCUAUUGUCCUAGAUCGCUCUUGUGGAGGACCAGUAAUGAUUGGUUGUCAACAGGGUGGUGUAAAUAUUGAAGAUAUAGCACGUGAUAAUCCAGAUGCUUUAAUUAAAAUUCCGGUUGAUAUCGACAAAGGUUUAAAUAAAAAAGAUGCCCUAUUUAUGGCUCAUCAAUUAGGUUUUACAAAUCCUAAUGAAGCAGCUGUAUACAUUGAACGACUUUACAAACUCUUUGAUUCCUCUGAUUGUACACUGUUAGAAAUUAAUCCAAUUUCUCAAGAUAUACAUGGAAAAGUUGUUUGUAUGGAUUGUAAAUUGAAUUUCGAUGAUAAUGCUGCAUUUCGACAGAAAGAGAUUUUUGCACAACGUGAUUGGUCACAAGAAGAUGAACGCGAUGUGAAAGCAUCAAAGGCUGGAUUAAAUUAUAUUGGUUUAGAUGGAAAUAUUGGUUGUUUAGUUAACGGAGCUGGUUUAGCUAUGGCUACUAUGGAUUUAAUUCAAUUGCAUGGUGGUAGUCCAGCGAAUUUUCUUGAUGUUGGCGGCGGAGCGACAGCUGAUCAAGUGACUGAAGCUUUUCGUCUAAUCACAUCUGAUCCGAAGGUCAAUGCUAUACUUGUAAAUAUUUUCGGUGGUAUUAUGCGUUGUGAUGUGAUUGCACAAGGUAUUGUAGCUGCUGCUACGGAAUUAAACAUAAAAGUACCAAUUGUUGUACGACUGCAAGGCACUAGAGUUGAAGAUGCUAAAGCAAUUCUUGCUACAAGUCAUAUGAAAAUUCUAGGUUGUAGUGAUUUAGAUGAAGCUGCUCAAAUGUCUGUUAAACUGGCUAAUAUUGUUCAUUUGGCUCGUGAAGCUGCUAUAAAUGUGAAAUUUGAACUGCCCUAUUAAUUAAUAAUAUAAUGUUAGUUAUAUUAUUAUAAUAAGUAAAGAUGAAUAAUUCGAAGGAAUGGGGACAUCACACUAUUUUGAAUUGUGAUGAAUCCAGUAGCUCUGUUUAUAUUAUUAUUAUUAUUAACUUACUUUGGAAAGACAACAGUCAUUGUAUGGUCUCUUCAAUUCCGUUUUGUUAUAUCCUCUGAAAUAGAUUCUUUUGUACGAAUGAAUGUACAAUUAUGAUAAUAAGAUUGUUUCAUACGAUAGAUUUAAAUAUUUACUGCAUUAUGUAAUACAUAGAUUUUGUUGCAUAAGAGAAAAAAUUCUUUAAUCAAACAAUCAUUUAUUUUAUUGCAUGUUAUUGUAUUUUGUCCGCAGUCAACUCAACGACGCCACCCACCUCACCCCUUCACACACACACACACACACCUUAUUUUACCUUGAGAAAAAGAGUAUACAAAAAUUCAUUUUCACUGUAUAAAAAUGCUAGUAUACCUACUAUACAACUGUAUUUUGCCAGAAGAAAAAGAUAUAUUCAAAUCUUUAUUUCACUUAAAAUAUUGUUCAUCUUUAUUGUUUCUUCUAUCUUUCAUUGUUAUUCACUAUUAGUAACAUAUACUACUAUUUAUCGUUCUAUGAUAGUAGUAAUAAAUGGCAUUGUUCGG